ACGUCGUAGUUCAAGAUGGAGACCUUACGAUUUGGUGGUUUUGCUGUUAGCUAGUUAGCUGUCUAAGAAAAUGAUCAUAUUUACAAAGACAAACUAGGAGGUGUUUUAACGCUUUUAUCAAUCGUUUUUGGCUAACUUAAAAUGUGCAUUUGCCAGCUUUCUAUUACGAUGACGUGUGUUUAAACACAGACAGACUACCUGAAGCAUAUUGAAAAUUGAAAGCAAAAAACAUGAAAGAAAAUUGUCAAUGAUAUUUCUUAAACUUAUUUCGCAAUAAUUCGAUAUGGCUUUAAGAGAGUUAAAAGUUUGUCUCCUGGGGGAUACUGGUGUUGGAAAGUCGAGUAUUGUUUGUAGAUUUGUGGAGGACAGCUUUGACCCAAACAUAAACCCRACAAUUGGGGCGUCCUUUAUGACCAAGACAGUGCAAUACCAAAAYGACCUGCACAAGUUCCUGAUCUGGGACACAGCAGGACAGGAGCGGUUCCGUGCUCUGGCACCGAUGUACUACAGAGGCUCAGCAGCGGCCAUCAUUGUUUAUGACAUCACAAAAGAGGAAUCCUUCCAAACACUGAAGAACUGGGUGAAAGAGCUUCGCCAGCACGGCCCUCCAGAUAUAGUGGUUGCCAUCGCUGGUAACAAAUGCGACCUAUCAGAUGCCAGGGAAGUGCCAGAAAAGGAUGCCAAGGACUAUGCUGACUCUAUCCAUGCCAUCUUUGUGGAAACCAGCGCCAAGAAUGCCAUUAACAUCAACGAGGUGUUUACGGAGAUAAGUAAGCGGAUCCCCGUUAUUGAUGCAGCAGGAGGACCCUCAGGAAAAAGUUUCAAAUUGGGACGGCAGGCCUCAGAGUCUCGCAGGACAUGCUGCUGAUAAUGCUGGUGACUGAACUCAACAUGACCUGUGACCYGACCCUCACUCUUAGCCCCGUGCUUUUCAUUUGCUUCGGCUUAAAGAYGUCAUACACACUUUCCUGAACCCUGUAACUGCCCGCAUCUGGUUGCAGCAGUGCGUCUCUGACAGCAGCAGCAAAUCCUUUUUUUAAUGGCACCCAACGGUGGCAAUUCUACAUGUGACUUUUAAAAGAAAUCGUGAAGAAAUACUUCAGGUUGACUGAGAACUGACUAAAUUCCUCCUUUUGUUCUUUUAUGAACUCUGUAUGUGAAGUUUUCCAGGCUUCUCAGUAAGCAUCAGCAUCAGAAGUAUUUAUAAGUGUACAUUUGUACAAUUCUACUAUCUUUCAACCAAAAAAGUAAUUGAAGUGAUUUGAUCAAAUCCAUUUAUUUUGAUAGAUUUUAAGUUAUUGCCUUUUUUUCUUUUGCAAGACAUCUCAGAACAUUUUUUUGACUUCAUGAAGGAAUCAAUUUACUAGUAGUGUUUGCUCACURAUUUAUUGAAGACUUUGAAGAGAGAAGAACAUGUCACCAUCCAAUAGAGGAUUGCGAAUGCCUAAUUUAACUUCAGCUGUAUGAUUGCUGCUUUGAACCAGCCAAAAACCACAAAACUGUUUGAAUAUAAACCAUAAUCAUGCAGGAAACAGUGCAGAAAUGAAAAAUGUGUGGAGGRUAUAGUUUCUAAAAGUUAAUGUUACUCUGAUAUCUGGGGGUUAAAUGUUUAGCUAGAGACACGUUUGCAUGGGUUAACAUGAAGUUAGSAUUCCUUGAAGAGAUGCAUGUUGGGCUUUCUAAGGUCGUUGGGCAAACAAACAUUGAACUGUUGCAGCUCAGAUUGUGUGAUGGGGAUCGGUCUCAGCUACUACCACACCAAAGUUUAGGUCAAUGUCUAAAGUAGAUUUAGCUAUAAGAUUUUGUGUGUGUUUUUAAUGUCAGUUGGCUAUGACAGCCACCUCCGAUUGAUGUCAAAAGAGAAUCAGUUGUAGAUGUUCAUCAAAYGAUUAUUGUCUGCAUAAAAUAUUGUCUAGUGGUUCAUGAGCUAAUGCAACAACUGCCAUAAGCAAAAACAUUGUCCGCUUUUGUUUUUUGACUGCAGGUAAUAAUAUCCUGCUUUUAGGUGAAAUUAACCAAAAAAAAUUAAAAAUCUGGAGUAUGCCAGGGAGUAAAUGGUCAUGUUUAUCAAAAUUUUCUUUUAAUUGAGAGCUUUGUUGUUUUUCCUCUUUUUGUUCUGAUGUUCUGAUUGGCACACACAAAGCUCUUGUGAAUAAUACCUUAUUAUUGUAAUUAUACCUCUGUGAUCUGAAGGACUUUUCUGGGAACAUCUCCCAAUGUUUAACUAGAGCUUAAAACAGUGGCUGUUAAUUAUUGUACACUAAUGCUGCCAUCUACUUAUCUGUUUCCCAUUUCCUCUUACAAUCACGACAAUGUAUUCCCACAGGCUUGUGAUUAUUGUGCCCUUGAUGCACACUAUGUUAAAAAAAAUUAUUAGUUUUCUGCUGUGAAGUUGCAUACAGUUAAAUAGAGAUGGGUGAUUUUUGCCAGUUUGUCUCAGAAA